UAUGGGUUUCUCUUUGGGGUGAUGAAAAUAUUCUAAAAUUGAUAGUGGUGAUGGUGUACAAUUCUUUGAAUACAUGAAAAACCACUGAAUUGUACACUUUAAAUAUGUGAAUUACAUCGCAAAAAAGCUCAACCUGUCCCAGCAAGCAGACUGAACUCCACCAACGUUCAGGCAGCUGUCCAGAAUGAUCCGAGGCUGUUAGGGAAGGGGAACUCCCAGAUAUUGAGUACCUACUCUGUGCCGUCUGCUUGUGCAAGGCUGGGACUAUGGGGAGAAUUUUCAGGAGCCUGAGAGUGAAUCCCUGCUUAAAUUGUGCACCCGAGGCACUCAAUCUAGUCCCAGACCUGGCUAUGUGCCAUACACCCAGCACCUUAUUUAAUCCUUAUGACAUCCUUGUGGGACCCAGGAUAUCCUGUAAGACCAGGAACUAUUUUACAGAUGCAAGUUUGGAGACUCAAACAGAGCAGAACUGGGAUUUGAACCCAAGCCUUGCUGAGUCCAGAGUCUGUUCUCUUUCCAGCCCCUCUGCCCACCAUGCUGUGUGGAGGAGGCCCUGGGAAGGAAGCCCUUGCUACCAGGGAGCGCUCAGCAAGCCUGCCAGCUGCUCCCUACCUGCCUGCCAGAGCCCAUUCCCCGCCUCCUGUGAGAACCAGCCUUCAGCCUUCAGAGGCUCUGCCUGAGUAGCCUUGCCUGAAUCUGUGUGGAGGCUGAGAAUCCCAAGACCUUCCUAGACAUCACCAGGAACCUACAACUCUUGAAGAACCUGACUGGCCACUAAACAACAAGGGCACCGUUCAAUCACUAUGGCCAGCAAGUCUGGUCACAGCCCUUCCAUUCAAAUGUUGUUCACUCAUUCAUUUAACAAACAUGUUGAGCACCAACUGUGUGCUAGGCCUUGUUCUAAGCCCUGGGAAUACAACAGCAAACAAAACAUUCCAGUGGGAGAGACAGAAAACACGCACAAACAAAUCAGGAAAUAUUAACGAGUGAACAAUCCAAUGAAGAAAAUAAAAUCGCAUCAGACAGACAGGAGUGAGGGGUCCGGGCAAGCAGACAGGCUUAGAGGAGGCUCAGUGUAGUGUCCAGGAGAGUCCUCUGAGGCUUCUGAAAGGCAGGUACUGAGAGAAAUGAAGGUAGCCUGCUCUGUGGGGCGGAAGCCUCUAAGAGCCAUUGAAUUUUCUUCCUGUGUGUUCCUUGGCUUGGUAGGAAAUUUCUAAGUGCCCACAGAGUCUCCCCUGUGCUAAAGAUCUCGGAUAGAGAGAGACUUAGAGCUAAGCUGGGACUGACAGCAGGUGAACCCUGGGGGGAGGAGAGGCAACUGGGACCCAAACUAGAGAUUUUGGGUUGGGGAGGAGUCCUGGCGCCGGCUGAGAUACCCACCCUCUUUCACAAAUACCUCUGUUCAGGCCUUGGGGAUAUGUGUUUCUGGUUGGGGCAAAUAAGUCUGUCCUGGGCUCCCUCCUCCCAGCCUAACUUGCAUCCCCAAGUGCAGAGAGAGCCCCAGAUUGGGCAGAGCCAGGCCCUGCAACCUUCAAACCAUUCUCAAGUCCUCCAGGCUCUGCCCCUCCUCCAAGCUUAAGCGACCUACACUCAAGCAGUGUCCCUCAAGCUCCACCCCCCAUCCCCUCAGGGCUCCAGAAGAAAGAUGUUUAUCUGCAGUGCCCUUGGGCCUCUGAGUCAACCCUUCACUCCUGCAAAGUGCCAGUGUGCCCAUCCUACAGAUGCACAUAUUGAGGCCAAGUCAAGGUCCAUGGUUACUCAAGUGGACAGUAGAACUGGAUCUAGGCUGAGACUUUUCUCCCUCCUUUUCAUGUCCCGAGGGAGAAGUCCUUCGUUGGCAGGAGCGCUGACCUGGCCUCUGAUCCCCAAGAGCCGGGUCUGGGAGGCAGGAACCCGGAGUGUAUGGCCUCUGGCAAGCCCUGGCCUCUCCCUGGAGCUUCAGUCUUCCCGUCUGCACACGGAGCGAGGAGCGGCGGCAUGGAGGCUCUCACCACUCAGCUGGGGCCGGGGCGCGAGGGCAACUCCUCGCCCAACUCCAAGCAGGAGCUGCAGCCCUACUCGGGCUCCAGCGCUCUCAAACCCAACCAGGUGGGCGAGACGUCGCUGUACGGGGUGCCUAUCGUGUCUCUGGUCAUCGACAGUCAGGAGCGCCUAUGCCUGGCGCAGAUCUCCAACACCCUCCUCAAGAACUACAGCUACAAUGAGAUCCACAACCGCCGCGUGGCCCUGGGCAUCACAUGCGUGCAGUGCACACCGGUGCAACUGGAGAUUCUGCGUCGGGCCGGGGCCAUGCCCAUCUCGUCGCGCCGCUGCGGCAUGAUCACCAAGCGCGAGGCCGAACGCCUUUGCAAGUCGUUCCUGGGCGAGCACAAGCCACCCAAGCUGCCCGAGAACUUCGCCUUCGAUGUGGUGCACGAGUGCGCCUGGGGCUCGCGUGGCAGCUUCAUCCCCGCGCGUUACAACAGCUCGCGUGCCAAGUGUAUCAAGUGCGGUUACUGCAGCAUGUACUUCUCGCCUAACAAGUUCAUCUUCCACUCGCACCGCACACCCGACGCCAAGUACACGCAGCCCGACGCAGCCAACUUUAACUCGUGGCGCCGACACCUCAAACUCAGUGACAAGUCGGCCACAGACGAACUGAGCCACGCUUGGGAGGACGUCAAGGCCAUGUUCAAUGGUGGCACUCGCAAGCGGACUUUCUCGCUGCAAGGAGGCGGCGGCGCUAAUGGCGGGUCGGGUGGGCAGGGGAAGGGUGGUGCUGGUGGUGGCGGCGGGGGCGGCCCGGGGUGCGGCGCGGAGAUGGCCCCAGGCCCGCCGCCCCACAAAAGCCUGCGUUGUGGCGAAGAAGAGGCCGCCGGGCCUUCCGGGCCGCCUCCUCCUCACGCGCAGCGGGGACUUGGUCUGGCGGCGGGAGCUGGCGGCCCCCCGGGCCCUGGAGGACCUGGUGGCGGCGCCGGCGUACGCAGCUACCCGGUGAUACCAGUGCCCAGCAAGGGCUUUGGCCUCUUGCAGAAGCUGCCCCCGCCGCUUUUCCCUCAUCCCUACGGUUUUCCCACGGCCUUCGGCCUCUGCCCCAAAAAGGACGACCCCGUGCUAGGCGCGGGCGAACCCAAGGGCGGCCCAGGCACCGGGAGCGGCGGGGGCGCGGGCACUGGCGCAGGCGCGGGCGGCCCAGGAACCGGCCACUUGCCCCCCGGUGCGGGGGCUGGCCCGGGCGGCGGCGCCAUGUUCUGGGGUCACCAGCCCCCCGGAGCAGCCAAGGACGCAGCGGCCGUGGCUGCGGCGGCUGCCGCAGCCACUGUGUACCCGACGUUUCCCAUGUUCUGGCCGGCGGCAGGCAGUCUCCCAGUGCCGCCCUACCCAGCCGCGCAAAGCCAAGCCAAAGCCGUGGCGGCGGCUGUAGCGGCGGCAGCGGCGGCGGCUGCGGCUGCUGCCGGUGGCGGCGGCCCCGAGCCCCUGGACGGUGCUGAGCCGACCAAGGAGGGCGGCCUGGUUGCAGAGGAGCGCUGCCCCAGCGCGCUGUCCCGCGGGCCUCUGGACGAGGAGGUCGCCGACGAGGCGCUGCCGCCCCCGCUGGCCCCGCUGCCCCCGCCGCCCGCGCGCAAAGGCUCCUACGUGUCGGCCUUCCGGCCUGUGGUCAAAGACGCGGAGAGCAUCGCCAAGCUCUACGGUAGCGCCCGCGACGUGUACGGCGGCGGGCCAGCCCGUGGGCCCGGGCCAGGCGCAGGGUCCGGCGGCGGCUACGUGAGCCCGGACUUUCUGAGCGAGGGCAGCUCCAGCUACCACUCCGCCUCCCCCGACGUGGACACUGCGGACGAGCCCGAGGUGGACGUGGAGUCCAACCGCUUCCCCGACGACGAGGGAGCCCCGGACAAGGCCGAGCCCGGUGCACCCGGCGCGCCCAGCACAGGAGACGGCCCUGAUGGCGACCAGCAGGCAGGGCCCCUGUCUACCACCUCAUCGGGCGCCGACGGCCCCACAGACUCUCCCGACGGCGGCAGCCCUCGUCCCCGGCGCCCCCCGGGUCUACCCCCAGCCAGUCGGUCUGCAUUUGGGGACCUGGCAGCCGACGACAUGGUGCAGAGACCGGAGAGGAGCCCGCCAAGUGGGGGCUAUGAGCUGCGAGAGUCUUGCGGACCGCUCGGGGGGCCCGCGCCAGCCAAGGUGUACGCGCCCGAGCUGGAGGAGCACGUGAAGAGCGCGGCGGCGGCGCUGGGGCCCGCGGCCUCCUACCUCUGCACCCCCGAGGCCCACGAGCCAGAUAAGGAAGACAAUCACUCGACUGCCGACGAUUUGGAAACAAGGAAAUCCUAUCCAGACCAAAGGAGUAUCUCCCAGCCAAGUCCCGCAAAUACAGACAGAGGUGAAGAUGGGCUCACCCUAGAUGUCACGGGAACUCAACUAGUGGAGAAGGAUAUCGAGAACCUGGCCAGAGACGAAUUGCAAAAACUGCUCCUGGAGCAAAUGGAGCUCCGCAAGAAGCUGGAGCGAGAAUUUCAGAGUCUCAAAGAUAAUUUUCAGGAUCAAAUGAAGAGGGAGUUGGCUUAUCGAGAAGAAAUGGUGCAACAGCUGCAAAUUGUCAGAGAUACUCUGUGUAACGAACUUGACCAAGAGAGGAAGGCGCGCUAUGCCAUCCAGCAGAAAUUAAAAGAAGCUCACGACGCCCUGCACCACUUCUCCUGCAAGAUGCUGACGCCCCGGCACUGCACUGGCAACUGCUCCUUCAAGCCCCCGCUGUUGCCCUAGGGCCGGCCCGGCCGCGCCCACGCGCCCUCAAGCCAUGCUGCUCUCUUCUUGUAAAUACCCGCGGCCGCGGCGGCCUAAGGCGAGAUACAAGCCAUUCGGACUGGACCGAUGUAAAUACAGCCUCCCGCCCGCCCGCUCUCCUCCCGGGCGCCUCGGCCUUGCCCGCCCCCUCCCGGGCGCCCCCGCCCAGGACCCCGUCUCCGUUUCCAACUGUAAAUACCACCUCGCCCCACGGUUGAACUCCUGGGCAUCGGACCUCAUGGGGUUAACCGGACCGAAGGGGGUAAGAAAGGGGAGGGGGCCUCUCCCCCCUGUACAGCCUCGGAACCCCAAUUGUGAAUACAAUGUAGGAACUUCGCUGGCCCCGCGCUCCCCGUCCCGUCCACUUCUGAAAGUCUUGUUCCUAAUGACAAAGUGGCUAUGUGCAAUGGAUAUAAAUGUACUCUGAGUCUCUCGGUUCAGUAUUGGGUUCACUUCAACUUAUUUAUGCUGUAAGUUAUUUGCUUCCUUCUCCUGGACCUACUUCCGGUCCCGUUUUGCAUUCACUCUUGGGUUUUGCUUUGUCUAUUUUUUUGUUGUAACCUCUUGAUGUAACAGCACUUUAAAAAGGGCGACAACUGCAACUGACUCACGAGAGGGAGACCACCUUGAGCCUGAUUGGGGAGACCACCCUGUAUCCGUGACUUUUGUUUUUAAUA